AUGGAAGAAGAAGGAAGAAACCAAACUCUCAUCCUCGAAUUCAUCCUCUUAGGGUUUGGGGAGGCCCCUGAAAUGCAACCCCUCCUCUUCCUCAUCUUCCUCAUGAUCUACCUUAUGACACUGGCUGGGAACUUCCUCAUCAUUGUGCUAGUUGUCAUUGAUCAGCAACUUCACAGCCCCAUGUACUACUUAUUAUGGAACUUGGCCUGCUUAGAAACUUGUUUCUCCUCCAGCAUCCUGCCCCGGCUGCUGGCCAGUCUCCAGACUGGGGACAGAACCAUCCCCGUGAAGGCCUGCCUGCUCCAAGGACUUUUCUUUGGUGUCAUGUCUGCUACCGAACCGCUGCUGCUGACGGCCAUGUCCUACGAUCGGUAUUUAGCGAUCUGCCACCCCCUCCGUUACACUGCCCUGAUGAAUGGCUCCAUUUGCAUCCAAAUGGUGGCGUGGUCCUGGAUAAGCAGCUUUCUGGCUUGUGCCAUAGUAGAUAUUUUCUUCUUCCAACUCAAGUUCUGCCAUGGCAAAGAAAUUGACCAUUUUUUUUGUGAUUUUACAUCCGUGCUAAAGCUGUCCUGUGAUGACACCCAGUUAGUCCAGCUGGUGGCAUUUAUUGUCGUUGUCAUAUGCAUACUUGCACCCAUGCUACUGACCCUGGCGACCUACGUUUGUAUCAUCACCGCCAUCCUGAGAAUCCCUUCCACCACUGGGAAGCUAAAGGCCUUCUCCACCUGCUCCUCCCACCUCAUCGUGCUGACCAUUUACUAUGUGAUGACAAUUUCUGUCUAUUUGGUUCCAAUUGUCAGCACUGCAGCCAUACCCAAAAAAAUAUUCUCUUUCAUCUGCACAGUCCUGCCUCCUAUGGUCAACCCGGUCAUCUACUGCCUGAGAAACAAGGACGUCAAAGUGUCCCUGAGAAAAGCUCUUCAGAAACUGGUUGCUUUUAGCAACAGGCAUACCAUCAGGAAGGACACAUUUUAG